AUGCCCUCCGCCUGGGACUUUAUCUGCGAUGACUCCACCGAACUCGACAACUUCUCGUUCUUCCAGUCCGUGACCACUUCGACACUAGCUGAAUUCUUUGACCCCGGAUUCUGGUCCGAUCAGUUGUUGCGGUUCGCCCACCAUUAUCCGGCCCUCUGGCACGGCAUGACCGCUCUGGCCUGCCUGCAUCGAGACUAUGUCGGCCAGGAUGUUCGCUUCACUGCGCCCGGAGCACGGGAGAUUCGCAGCAGGCGAUUUGCAUUGAAACAGUACAACAAAUCCAUCCAGGCGCUGUCGGAACUGUGCUCCAAGCCCGUUCUAGGUUUGGAAGAUCGCAUCGUCGUGCUGGCCACCUGUGCGAUUUUCUCGUCCAUGUGCGUCUUGCAGAGCCAGCAGCACCAGGCGUACAUGCACAUUCGCAACGGGCUGAAAAUCAUCUCCGAAUGGGAGUUCGACUACCAGGAAGUGACAGUGUGCGGAGACUAUGUGGCCGCCAGUAUGCUGGUCCUGAUCUUUACUCGCCUCGACUCCCAGGUCAUUCCCUAUAUGUUUGCCUGCGACGACGCUACGACGUGGAUUGACCGUCAGGUGGUCCCACUGUAUGCCCAUGCCACAUUCCUUACUCUCUUUGACGCAUACGUAUCUAUCGAAGCGAUCUACAAUGGUGUGAUGCGGCUGAUGUGGAGGUUCAACAAACGGGGCGCGAAUUAUCGCCCCAUCCCUCUCCCAGACCGCGAGGCACAGCUGCAACUCUUACAGGCGUGGGACCAACAACUGGCCAUUGUUUUGGAGACGUUAUCGGCAGAAGCCCGGAAAUCCAAGGCAGUGGACCUACUGAUGGUGCGCCGGACUCUGGCCGGGCUCUUCUACCAUGUUGAUCUCGCUCCCGGCGAAUUGGCCGCCGACCUUUAUCUUGCGGAGAGUGUGGAGCUCGUGGACCGGGUCGCGCGGAUCCUGGGAGAUGGGGGCAAUGUCCAUCUGCAGCGUACCAAGGCAGCGUACACUCUCGAGACUGGGAUAGUUGAGCCUCUGUUCUGGGUGGCUGUCCGGUGUCGCGAGCCGCAAGUGAGACGCCGAGCGCUGAGGCUGCUCCGACAGUAUCCCCGCCGCGAGGGUAUCUGCGACGGCAUUGUGGCGGCGGGGACGGUCGACAAGCUGAUCGAAAUCGAGGAGACAGGGUGCCCCCGCGCACGUGGUGAUCCAGAGAAAGCAAGUCCCUGCAAUGAUGGACAGUGGGUGUGUGAGAAACAUCGUGUCUCGACGUGGGACUUCGUUCUGCGGUCCGAAAGCGAGGUUGCCGUCACGUACAGGACGGUGGAGGACUUUGCUCUCGACCGCCCGGGGACAAAGCUGUUGUAUUCGUGGUGGUAG